AGGCCCUGGCAGAAGGCUAAGCACUGACCAAGGGUGAGGUAACCAGCACAAGCGGGCAGCAGGCAGCGGGCGGAGCUAGAGCGGGAGCCCAUCCACAGGCCUCCCCUCUGACACCGCCUGUGCGCCUGUGUGUGUGUGACGGGCACGCUGUCCAGCACGGGGCCAGCCGGGAAAUGCUCCGCACUCUGACCUCCGCCAGAGUGGCCCUGGGGCCUCGGGUGGCAGGCUGGGUGCGCACCAUGGCCUCGCACCAGCUGCUGGUGACCCCCCCAGAGGCCCUGCUCAAGCCCCUGUCGGUGCCCAGCCGGCUCCUGCUGGGGCCCGGCCCCUCCAACCUGGCUCCACGCGUCCUGGCGGCCGGGGGACUGCAGAUGAUCGGCCACAUGCACAAGGAGAUGUACCAGAUAAUGGAUGAGAUCAAGCAAGGCAUCCAGUACGUGUUCCAGACCAGGAACCGCCUCACGCUGGCCAUCAGCGGCUCGGGGCACUGUGCCAUGGAGGCUGCCCUGUUCAACCUCCUGGAGCCUGGGGACUCCUUCCUGGUUGGGGUCAACGGCAUUUGGGGACAGCGGGCAGCCGAGAUCGGGGAGCGCAUAGGAGCCCGCACACACCCGCUGAUCAAGGACCCUGGAGGCCACUACACAAAGCAGGAGGUGGAGGAGGGCCUGGCCCAGCACAAGCCGGUGCUGCUGUUCCUGACCCAGGGGGAGUCCUCCAGCGGCGUGCUGCAGCCCCUUGAUGGCUAUGGGGAGCUCUGCCACAGGUACCAGUGCCUGCUCCUGGUGGACACUGUGGCAUCCCUGGGCGGGACCCCCAUCCACAUGGAUCAGCAAGGCAUCGACGUCUUGUACUCGGGUUCCCAGAAGGUCCUGAAUUCCCCUCCGGGCACCGCACUCAUCUCCUUCAGUGACAAGGCCAAAAAUAAGAUCUACACCCGGAAGACGAAGCCCUAUUCCUUCUACCUGGAUAUGAAGUGGCUGGCCAACUUCUGGGGCUGUGACGACAAGCCCAGGAUGUACCACCACACGACCCCCGUCAUAAGCUUGUUCAGCCUGAGAGAGAGCCUGGCCCUCAUCGCAGAAGAGGGCCUGGAGAACAGCUGGCGACGGCACCGGGAUGUCACCGCUUACCUGCACGGGCGCCUUCAAGGGCUGGGCCUGCAGCUCUUCGUGAAGGAUCCCGCGCUCCGGCUGCCCACCGUCACCACGAUCGCCGUGCCUGCUGGCUAUGACUGGAGAGACAUCGUCAAGUACCUCAUGGACCACUUCUCCAUCGAAAUCACGGGCGGCCUUGGGCCCUCCUUGGGGAAGGUGCUGCGGAUCGGCCUCCUGGGCUACAACGCCACCAGGGAGAACGUGGACCGAGUGAUUGAGGCCCUGCAGGCGGCCCUGCAGCACUGCCCCCGGAACAAGCUAUGACUUGGGCACCCGGCCAUGCCCUUGGGCCCCGGGGCAGGAUAAGCCACUGCCCCAGCCCCAAGUGGCUUUCCCCUUCCUAGUGGAACUCCCUGAAAAUGGCCCUUUGGGCUCAGGAUCCUCAGCUCCCCGCAAAUAAGCUGCAGUCCCAGGUCACUGGCCUUCUGAGAAUACUCAAUAAAGAACCAGUGGUCAUCUGUC